AUCUUUCGGCCUCUGGUGGUCGUAAGUCACAGGAAGAGGCAGUGGACGGCAACAAGUUACAUCUCAAAAAAACAAACACAAAACAAAAAAUAUAUAGUUUUCAGUCGAGUUUACUCGGGAUUCGCUGAACAUAUUUAAUGAGCAUCUACACAUAAAGACGAAUGAUUUAAUCCUGCGUUUAUAUCUGAUGUCAAACGUCGCGCGCUUGAGUUGGUCUCCACUUCCGCGUACAAUGUUUUUUUCCAACGGCAUACGACAACUUUAGAACAGGAAGCCUUCAGAGGCGCUUGUCACUUCGUCUCACCUUCUUGGAGGAGCUCGGUUUACUGGUGUUGGUGUCACCUACGACAGCAUGGAUUAUGAAGACGCCCAUAACGGGCGCAGGCCGUCAGGAGCUCAGAGUUCAAAUCCAGCCAUGAACAUCAUUGGAGCGGAGGAUGAAGACUUUGAGAAUGACGAGCAACCUAUGGUGGAUGAUCACUACAGUUACUUUAACAGCAUUGAACUGUUGAAGUCCAAGCCCACCCACCUACUGGUCUUCAUUCAUCAUGUCAUGUUACAGUUUGACUGUGCUCCUUUGCUAUGUUACCUUCAUGCUGACCUCUUCAAGAACUUCAAUGCCAAAGACACCAAGAAGCACUUUGUGGAAUUCUACAACACGUUCCUGGAGAAAGGAGCGAUUCUCAAAGUACCUACGCCAAAUUACAUCGCCUAUGAACUGGAUCGCAUGCGUCCAGAAUUGAUCAGCGAAGACCAACAAAAGCAUUAUGUUCAUGAAAUACAGUUCAUGCAGAGUACAGAGAUACUGCGGCAGCUGGACGACUUCAGGCAGAAGAGGAUGAUGGGAAUGACUCCCAAUGAGCAUGUACUAAAUGAUGUGGAAUCCCAUCGUCCAACCGACCGCAUCCCCAUGGAGAUGAAGGAGAAGGCAGUAGCUGAAUCCUUGCUGGAAAAGAUGGUAGAAUCCAACCCCUCAAUUGUUGCCGACAAGGACAAAAGUAACUGUGUCUUUGGAGCAGUUGCCUUUUAUAUGAAGCACCUUGGUGUCAAGACCAGAGCACUUGACAACAAGAAGACAAAGUCAGGAUGGCGGCCCUCUGUCCCUUCCGUGCUGAAGCCAUGGGGAACCAAACAACCCAACAAACCAGAUAAAAAAAUUCCUCAGCCAAAUGAUGGUAAGCAAACUAGAUUGGACUUUGAAGGAAAGCCAAUCAAAGGAAAUGGCCAAUCUCCGCAACUGUCCGUAGCCAAUUGCGGUUUCGCUUCAGGGCGGAAAAGUGGUGUGGCGGUGUCAGGUAGCACGCAUGGCUUGGAGAGUGAAGAGUUGACCAUCUGCGUCAGUGUGACUCCUAGUCCUGACUCUCAGAGUGAAGCAGGUGUCAACAACAAUCGCUCAGACCCCAAGCCAGAAGGUGGAGAUGCAUCUCCUGUCAGUACUGGUGGGGGUCUCUCCAUCUGUGAACCUCUCAUUGACAUGCUUCCAGAUGAAAGUCUGGAUGGAAACAGAAAGAAGACAAGGAAUGUGCGCCGCAGCGAGAGCCUGUGCGUGGAGCGCCGUCACUCUCGCCGUAGUGGCUCUACCCGGGCCAAGCAGUCUCGCUCCCGUAGCGACGUGGACCUGCAGUCAACCUCUACCUCUCAACCCCUCUCACCCUCCCCACAGCAUUCAGUCUCUGCGGAAGGUGGAUUGGUGCCUGAUGGCCUCGUCACUGAUCCUGAAGUUAGCCCCUUGCCUCCGCAGGAGGAAAUGGAGCCCCGUCUCCUGGAGCUCGAGCAGGACCCUCCCAACUGGAGGGCCCUUGCUUCUCCCGAGGACCUGAAAAAACUGAGCAAGAAGGAAACCAAAAGACAAGAAGUCAUCAAUGAGCUGUUUACGACAGAGCAGGCUCAUGUUCGUAUGCUGAGUGUAUUGCAGACUGUGUUUUCUCGUCCGCUGGAGAAGAAUGACAUUAUGAGCAUAACUGAGCUGGCCACCAUCUUCCCCAGCCUUGAUGACAUCAUAGAGAUGCACUAUGCUUUUUAUGAGAACCUGAAAAAACAGCGGCAGGAGGAUGAGUACAUUGUCAAAAAAAUUAGCGCUCCACUUCUCAACAGAUUCAGUGGAUCAGAAGGAGAAUGGUUUCAGAAGCUCACCGCUCGCUUCUGUAGCUACCAGUCCUGGGCUCUGGAGCAGAUAAAGAACAAACAGAAGAAGGAUCCCCGUUUUAAUGCUUUUAUCCUGGAGGCAGAGAGUAAGCCACAGUGUCGGAGGCUACAGCUGAAGGAUAUCAUUCCCAUAGAGAUGCAAAGACUAACCAAGUAUCCUCUCCUGCUGGAAAACAUUGCCAAGAACACAGAGGAUGAAACCGAAAAAGAGAACAUUAACCAAGCAGCAGAAUCCUGCCGUAAGAUCCUCAACCAUGUCAAUGAAGAAGUCAAACUCAUGGAGAACCUGCUGAUUUUGAAAGACUACCAGCGCAGACUGGACACCUCAGGACUGAAACCGAGCAAUGACCUCUACAGUGAGUACAAGAACAUUGAUCUGACCACCAGAAAGAUGCUGUUUGAAGGACCUCUGACAUGGAGGGUGACCAAGGAGAAAGCGAUCGAUGUGCAAUGUGUUUUGCUGUUAGACAUGCUGGUCUUGCUUCAGAAGCAGGAUGAUAAGAUGCUUUUGAAGUGUCAGAGCAAAAGCAACAUCGCCGUUCAGGAAGGCAAACAGAUGCUGAGUCCAAUAAUCAAACUAGAAUCGGUUUUUCUCAGAGACGUGGCCACUGACCCGAAGGCCCUCUAUGUUAUCUUCACCUGGGACAGCGGAGCACAGAUCUAUGAACUAGUGGCUCAGACCCUCGGGGAGAAGAAAAAUUGGACAGUGGUGAUUAAAUCUGCGGUUGAAGAGUUGAAGAAGAGAGAUGGGAAUAAGCUGAAAAGAGAAAGAGGUGGCAGCAUGCCCAGUGGACCUACAUACAGCCCUUACCAGGGCCCCCUUAGCCCAACUGAGAAUGGAGAAAACCCAUUGAAAAGUCGCGGCCGAUUUAAAGAAAGUCUUACUGAUGAGAAGAGUCGAGAAACUGGUUCUUCACUCAUAGACUACCUAGCGAACAGAGGUUUUGACCUGCUCAGCCAUAGCCACGCUCCUCCAGAGAAGUCUGCUAUUGGCGCUUUGGAUGAAGUCAUGUGUUUGAAGAGGCUAUUGGUCGGGAGUAUUAGCCUGUCCGAAGACUCUCAGACUCCUGGGGAAAAUGGCGGGAAGGCACCUGAAAGCCAGGAGGCAGAUGGAGUGGAGGAAUCCAGCACAGAAGAAAGAACUGAAGGAGAAGAGAGUGGGGGAGAUGGAGGGAAUAAAGGAGAAGAGGACAGAGGGAUCAGCGCUCCUCUAGUGCUUUCUCAGGAACGCUUGGAGGAGGUACAGAGGAGACUGGAGGCGCUUGAGGAGCAACUGAAGAGACUGCAGACUGUCGAGGAGGACCAUCAUAAGUUGCAAGAAACUCUUGCUAAAUAUUUACUUCAUGGGGGCCAUUACAACUGAGAAACAUCGCAACCUGCUGUUACAAGAUCACUGUAUGUGCUGGACUCGAGACUUGCUUUGGAGGGAUUCGCCGAUUGACUAAUUCUGCCUGAAUGUUCCUGCUCUAUCUCUUCUCUCUUCUCAACUGUCCUUUCAGGAGAUUGUCAGCAGGCCUCCAGCACUUCCCAUGCCACUGAGAAAUGAAAUGAAGUGGGUGUUGUGAAAUUAUAGUGAUCCUUAACCUUGAAUGAGUGCGUAUGUGUUUCUGUUGAGAAGUAUGAGAGACAGCCUUGCCAAAAGAUGCCAAAGAAAUGUGCAACACCUAGAGAGAUUCCAGAGCGAAUGCUACGAGUGCAUGUGAAAGCACUGUAACAUACACAAACAUGCGCACACACACACACACACAAUGAUAAAUGUGUCUAAGCAUGUCAAAAGUAAUUUAGUACCAAAAGAAUAUCUAUAUUCAUAGAAAAGUAUAGUUGAAUCUUUGUCUGUUUCUCAGAAUCUACUUUAGUCAGGUUUUUAAUAAGGGUAAUUUAAGCAGAAUAUGUGCCCUUUCAUUUUAUUUUAUGCAUUUCAAGAUGUUCACUUACCCUUAUAAUUAUUACCGUUCUAUAUUACAUGUAUUUUCAAAAAUAAUAGAUAUUCAAAAGAAAAUAUCUCACCCUUGUAGCAUGCAUUGCAGUAAAAACAUGGAUUUUUUUAUUAA